UCGAGCAGACUCGUCUAUAAAAUCUUUUUAAACUCAAUUCUUUUUUACGGUUUCUAAUUAUUUACAUUAUGUUUGUUAAUUUAUUACUUAUAUUUGUAAUAUGUUUCAUUAUUACUAUAAUAUAUUUUCGAAGACCAAAAGAUAUCCCACCAGGUCCUUUUCCAUGGCCAGUUGUUGGAAAUUUAAAGUUAUUAAAAAAAUUGUGUAGAGAACUAGGUGGGCAGCACAAAGCCUUUACAGAGCUUUCAAAAAUGUAUGGAAGCAAUGUUAUUCGUCUUUAUCUAGGAAAUUCUUAUGUUAAUAUUGUAUCUGGUUAUGAAGCCGUUCAACAAAUAUUACGUAAUGAAGAAUUCGAUGGUAGACCUUGGACUGAGUUUGCAAAAAUUAGAAAUAUGGGAUUAAAAAAAGGUAUUACAAUGACUGAUGGUCCCGAAUGGAAGGAAAUGCGUGGAUGGUUAAUUAGAUGUUUGAAGAGCUUAGGCUUUGGUCAUGAAGCAAUGACAAGUAAAAUAAUAGACGAGCUAAAGAUAAUUCUAGAUAAAUUAAAGUCUCACGGUGAUAAAGCUGUAUGCAUGAGGCCUAUAAUAGCUCCUGCAGUUAUAAAUGUAAUUUGGAGUAUUGCUGUUGGGAAACGAAUUGACGAAGAAGCUAGAUUACAGUACUUUCUCAAUCUUAUGGAAAAACGAGCGAAAGCUUUCGAUAUUGCUGGAGGAAUGCUCUCUAUCUUUCCAUGGAUUCGUCACUUUGCACCAAAACUCUCGGGUUAUGAAUUAUUGAUUACACUGAAUGAAGAAUUGAAAGAAUUAUUGAUGAAAAGUAUUGAAGAGCAUAAAAAGAAUUACGUCGAAGGCAAAGAAGUGGAUCUGAUUGAUAUGUUUUUAGCUGAAAUGUAUCAUGGAAAAGGUCCAGAAGCUGGUUUCACUGAAGAUCAAUUGCUGAUGAUACUUAUUGAUCUUUUCAUCGCGGGACUGCAAACGACUGCAAUUACUCUUGACUUUCUCUUCUUACACAUGACAGUGUACCAAGAUAUUCAAACUAAACUUCACCAUGAACUAGACUCAGUGAUUGAUGGUUACCGAUUUCCUCAGUUGUCAGACAGAGCAAUGCUACCAUUUACCGAGGCAAUAAUGUCAGAAUCACAGAGACUUCGAUUGGUAGUACCGAUAAUCGGGCCUCGACGAGUAUUGCAGGAAACGUAUCUCGAUGGCUAUAGAAUUUUAAAGAACACGUGUAUCCUCAUAAAUAUCAACAGUAUUCAUAUGGAUCCUAAAAAUUUCGACGAUCCGGAGUGCUUUAAACCAGAAAGAUUUCUAAAGGAUGGUAUUUAUAUUCCGAACAAGAAGUUGAUAUUUUUUGGCGGGGGUCACAGACGAUGCCCUGGCGAAAUUGUCGCCAAAUCUGCAACGUUCUUGUUAUUUGCUGGAAUUAUGAAACGAUAUAAAUUACUUCCACUACCGGGAUGUAAUUUACCAGACACUGAUCCAUUACCUGGUUUAACUAUUUCUCCUAAACCAUAUGAAGUUUUACUUGUUGAACGAUCAACAUAAUUUAAUUAAGAUUCAAUAACGUCAAUUUUACCUCAAAUAAUUACAGUAUUAACUUAAUUAAAUAAGGUCUCGGGGAUACAGUGAAGCCAUCAAUUCCAUCUAGUCUUGGUAGUUCACUUCCUUGAGGGACUGUUAAAUCAAAAUUAUGAAGAAUGUGCGUGAAAAAAAGAAAUAAAGAUGGUUUUGCUAAUUGUUCUCCCAAACAUCGUCGUUUUCCUGUUAAAUAAAAUAAUUAUUACUCAA